AUGCUAAAGAAAGAAUGCGAACAGAAACCUUCUAAUUUCACAUGCUGGAACUUUCUUAGCUCCAAAGAUCCUUGCAACUCAAGGUUGGGAUUAAAAUCUAGUAGUACGAGAGACUUUCUCAGGAAAAUAGUUGAGAUUAGUAACCCAGCUGCUAACUUUGAUCUUUUAGAAGAUGAAAAUGAAGAGUAUGGAGAGAAUACCUUCUAUGUUAACGAUGAGUCGACGCUUCCCUCAGGAAUCGCAGUGAUUGAAAAUCUUAAAAAAUUUCUUAAUUUUUUAAAAUUUGAUUAUCACUUCUUUCUCUAUGACGAGUUGUUGAUAAAUAUAGAUAAAAUAUAUUCCGAGGGACUUGAGGGAGAGCCGGCCGCAUUAUCCCAAUUUUGCUUAGUCAUGUCGUUAGGUGCUAUAUAUCAUGGAUCGAGUCCUCUCACUGAUGAAAUUCCUGGGUAUCUGUACUUCAAAUUGGCAUGCCAUUAUUUACCAGGAAUUGAACAUAGUUUUUCACUAGUGGCUAUUCAAUCACAUAUUUUGUUCGCAUGGUAUUUUUUGAUCUUAAAUAAAAAAGGUCUUGCAUCUGUUCAUAGCUCAAUUGCUAUUAGGAAAGCUCUUUGUAUAGGGCUUCAUAAGUGGGAUGGGGCCAUAAGAGCUGUGGAAAGGGAGCAUCGUUCAAGGACCUGGUGGACUGCCUUUGUUACUGACAUAUUCUGUGUUUCAAUUUUGGGAACUCCUCAUACUAUUUGCAUAGAUGCCAUCGACGUUGCUCUUCCUUCUAACUCUAAUCUAAACAAAAGUGAAAAGUCACUUUUUUUUGAACACAAUUAUUUUGCCUUGAAUGUCAGACUUGCCCUUAUCACUUCUAAGGUGAUAUCAGAAGUCUAUAAAAAUGAUUUCGAGGUAGCAUCGGGUAGUCACCUUGUUACACAUGCGCUAGAAUGCCUCCAUGAAUGGAAGAGUAAUCUUCCUUUGGAGAAUAGAAGGUCGUUCGAAGAUAUUUAUCCAAUAAAAAGACGCGAUGCAUCUUUACACCUAUUUUAUAAUCAAACAGUGAUUCUUGCUACUCGACCGGUUCUUCUUUAUUAUUUUAGGUUGUUUUGUAAUGAAUCAUCCAUGAUCGAUGAAAACUUAUGGAAAGACUCGCAUAUAAAGUGUUGUGUUACCGCAGCAAAAUCUACGAUAAAGAUAUUAAGCUACUGUAAGGCUAAUAAGAUGAUAUCUACCUUUGGGUUCUAUGAUUCUCAUUACAUUUAUUCUGCAAUAUUAGUGAUAUUUGUAAUUGAGAUGAUGCGAUAUCACAAACAGGGAUUUUAUGAAGUGCUUGAGCCCUUAUCUAUUUUGCAGUUUCAAAGCGCUAGUGGAAACCUUGCUGCUAGAUCAAUGAGUCGCGAUCUACAUGCGCUAUUUCAGUUCAUUAGUUUGAAUAAAGGCAUUAGUGGAAGCUCUUAUCUUUAUGACGAAUUAUUUGAUAUUAAAAAUACUAUCAAAACCGAUAUGGAUGACUUUUAG